UUCCAGCCUGCAUCAUGACCGAUGACGAUCUGUCUGCCCUGGUGGUGGAUAAUGGGUCAGGGAUGUGCAAGGCAGGCUUCGGUGGUGACGAUGCCCCCCGGGCUGUGUUCCCCUCCAUGGUAGGGCGUCCCCGGCACCAGGGCGUCAUGGUCGGCAUGGGCCAGAAGGACUGCUACGUGGGGGAUGAAGCCCAGAGCAAGAGAGGUAUUUUGACCCUGAAGUACCCCAUUGAGCAUGGAGUGGUCACAAACUGGGAUGAUAUGGAGAAGAUCUGGCACCACACUUUCUACAACGAGCUCCGUGUGGCACCGGAUGAGCAUCCCAUCCUCCUCACCGAGGCACCCCUCAACCCGAAGAUCAACAGGGAAAAGAUGACUCAGAUCAUGUUCGAGGCCUUCAACACACCUGCCAUGUAUGUGGCUAUCCAGGCUGUGCUGUCCCUCUAUGCCUCUGGACGGACCACAGGCAUCGUGAUGGAUUCUGGGGAUGGCGUUACUCACACUGUGCCCAUCUAUGAAGGGUAUGCCCUGCCCCAUGCCAUUUUACGUCUGGAUCUGGCCGGCAGAGACCUGACUGAUUACCUCAUGAAGAUCCUGACAGAACGAGGCUACAACUUUACCACCACAGCUGAGCGGGAGAUCGUUCGUGAUGUCAAAGAGAAGCUGUGCUAUGUGGCCCUGGACUUUGAGCAAGAGAUGGUCAGUGCUGCUGCAUCCUCCUCGCUCGAAAGAAGCUAUGAGCUUCCUGAUGGGCAGGUGAUCACCAUUGGGAAUGAACGCUUUCGGUGCCCUGAAGCCAUUUUUCAUCCUUCCUUUCUGGGCAUUGAGUCCAGUGGGAUCCACGAGACAGCUUUCAACUCUAUCAUGAAGUGUGAUGUGGAUAUUCGCAAGGACCUAUAUGCCAACACCGUGUUGUCUGGAGGUAGCACUAUGUACCCUGGCAUUGCUGAUCGGAUGCAAAAGGAAAUCGCCACCCUGGCCCCUGGCACCAUGAAAAUCAAAAUCAUAGCGCCACCAGAGCGGAAGUACUCCGUUUGGAUCGGGGGCUCCAUUCUGGCCAGCCUGUCCACAUUCCAGCAGAUGUGGAUCAGUAAGCAGGAAUAUGACGAGGCUGGCCCUCCCAUCGUUCAUAGAAAAUGUUUCUGAAUGGGCUUCCACACUAAUGGGUUUAAAUUGUCCCCUUUUCUAGGUCAUGGGGAUGGUACUGCCUUUAUCUGCCUUCAACUGAGACAAGGUAAUAGUCCACUCUUGCUGGUAUGUAAACCAGCAAACUCAUCUCCAUCCUAGUAUUGUGGGCUCCUCCCCGGCUAACCACAUCUUGACCU